AUCCUUCAGGAUCUACGAAAGGUAAUGGUUCUUACGGAAAAAGUCUUCCGUGGAAGAAAAGCAACUAAUCUGGUGCAAUUGGACUCCUCAAGUUACAAAACCGAUUAUUUAUUGAUCCCAAAAGAGGAGGAAGAGCGUUUUUGUAAGUCUUACACGCCACCUACGCAAAGAAUUCUGCCGAGGACCAUGGAAUUUCCGCCUCUUUUGAAGGAAAUUUUAAUGCGGCAAAUGAAAGCGGACGGAAAACCGGUCACGGAACCGCGGCUGAGUGUUAAAUACAAUUUAACGAACAAUCUGCAAUUGUCGAGGAUUGCCAAAAAAGGAGAGACUCCUGACUUUGAAAUUAAAAUUGGCCUUGGAACCCCGGCUAGUCCUAAUCUCUACAAAAAUAUUAAACAAUAAUUUCUACCUCUUUUUAUCGUGUAUUGUUAAUAGAAAAUAGAAUUUUACCUGGUUUAUUAUAAA